AUGGGGCUUCCACUCCCAGACGAGCUGCUGCUGUCGCUGAUCGAACAGUGGCCGUGUCGAGAGGUGCAGCUUCGGCAGCUCGCGGCUCUUCUCUCUCCAUCCCUCCCGAGUCCAUCCUCCCUCGUACUCUACGGACCGCACGCCACGGGCAAGAGCAGCAUCACAAGGUCAUAUCUGAAAUCCGCCAAUCUCACACAUGCCAUCCUCCGCUGCCGAGAAUGCGUGACCGCACGGCAUUUACUCGAGCGCACAGUCGAUGCCGUGCACCAAGCUCUACAAGACGAUGGAGAUGAGACGAUUGGAGACUACAACGGAAGAUGCGAGAACGUCAGCGCGCUCGCUGUGCAUCUGCAGCGAUUGCUACAAAGACGAGACAAAUUUAUACUGGUAUUCGACGGCAUUGAUAUGCAGCGAGAAGCGCCGCCGACCAUGCUCCCCGCGCUGGCACGCAUCGGCGAGACUGUGCCUGGACUGACCAUCGUCUUCAUCAUCCAACACCCCGCUCCUCGAUUUCUACACCAAGCAGGCGUGCCGCAUGUCCAUUUCACGCCAUUCUCCCGGAACCAGUCAAUACACAUCGUAGCAAGGACGCCGCUGGAUAUCUUUGAAGACCCUCCAGCCGCGAGCUUGGACUAUGAUGAAGAAGUACAUGAAGAAGACAAGGGAUGGCUGUGGCCGCGGUUCUGUGCAGCAGUCUGGGAUUCUCUGGCGAACAAUGCUGCUCGCGACCUGCUAGCUUUCCGAGAUGCCUGCAACAAGCUUUGGAGACCCUUCGUGGCGCCGGUCGUUAAGGGCGACUUUGGCACACGAGACUUCAGCCGACUUCUUGUAGCACAACGAAGACUCUUCCAGGAUGAAACGCUGCUCAUGGAUUCCAUCGUACUUUCAUCAGACUCGACUUCAAACCUGGCGAAGAGCAAAACGCAUGACCUGCCGUACUACGCAAAGUGGCUGUUGGUGGCAGCCUAUCUCGCGUCGUUCAACCCAGCGAGACUAGACGCCCUAUACUUCAUGAAAUCAACGGAACGCAAACGCCGCAAGAAAGGCGGUGGAACAGCCCGCUCAGGAGGCGGACGACCCGGCAAGAUCAGGAAAAUACCCCGACAUCUCUUAGCCGCGUCUGCAUUCACAUUGGACCGGCAUCUUGCGAUAUUGCAUGCGAUCUUGCCUCAUGAUCUGCGCACGACCAUUGAUAUCUACAAGCAGAUUGCGACGCUCUCUGGCUUGAGAUUGUUGGUCAAGGCAGGUGGAAUAGGUGGUGGUGAUCCUCUCGAGCCUGGCGGAAAGUGGAGGGUUGGACCGAUGGUGACUUGGGAGCAUGUCCAGAGUCUGGCGAGAAGUCUGGACUUUAAUCUGCUGGAUUAUGUAGCAGAGUGA